AUGAAAACUCGCCAGCAUGCUCGUUCCAUCAGCUUGCCAACAAGAACAAACCCGCUCCUUGCUCAGUUCGAUGAAAACCUGAGCAGUCUAAGGGGAGAUGAGGCCACAUCUAACUCGCUGUCUUCCCUUGGAGAUAGGCUGGGUAAACUACAAGAUCUAUAUGUUUCCGUUGAUGACUUGAUUCAGAUGUCUCACAUUCAACAAUUGGUCCAAGAAUCCAACAAGAAACAAGCUGACGGUGUAUUGGAUACAUAUAUAAGGAUCUUGGAUGCCUGCACAGCCACCAAGGACAUUUUCUCACAGGCAAAGCACGAUGUGCAAGAGCUUCUUUCGUCAAUCCGUAGAAAGAAAGACACAACUGAUGCACAUGGAAAUUAUUUGGCCUCAAGAAAGAAGGCCAAAAGGCCAAUUCAAAAGGCUCUAAAGGAUCUCAAGAUUGUCAAGAUCUCUGAAGGAGUAGAUCAAGUAGAAACUAUUCGUUUAUUCAACAAAGUCCAAUCUGCCACAAUUUCCGUGCUUGAAUCAUCCUUGUGUUAUGUUAUGGGGACAAAGACACACUCGAGCUUGGUAUCAAAGCUAAUGCGCAGCAAAUCAAAGGACGCAAGCAAAAAUGAAUUCGAUCAAAUGGAUCAAGCUUUGGAUGCGCAACAGUUGGGAGAGAUGGAAUUGAAAAUACAAGAUAUUGAAGAAGGACUAGAUUGCUUGUUCAAACACUUGAUCAAGACUAGAGUUUUGCUCUUGAACCUGAUUAGCUACUAG